AUGUUGUUCUUCGUAUUAUUAACAGUGUUUGCUGCCAGUGCUAACGCCAAGUUCGUCAAGGACUGUGGUUCAGCACAGGCGUCGGUACAGAGCGUGCAGGUGAGCGGCUGCACGGAAGCCGCCAAAGAAUGCAUACUCAAGAGGAACACCAACGCCACCUUCAGUAUAGAGUUCACACCAAUGUCUAGUGUGACAGAGGUUCAGGCAAUAGUUCAUGGAGUGAUCAUGAACCUCCCGGUACCGUUCCCUCUGCCCCAACCUGACGCGUGCAAGGACAAUGGACUCACCUGCCCUCUACCGGCUGGUAAACCAGUGAAAUACCAGACUACGAUGCCUAUCCUCAAGUCAUACCCUAAGGUCAAGGUCGACGUGAAAUGGGAGCUUAAGGACGAAAACAGUGAAGAUCUCGUAUGCGUCAUGAUUGCUGCAAGGUUACAAUAA